GACGUAGUUACUUUGGUCCUUUUUUGCGCGAACCGCAGAGACUGAGGGAGACAGAACUAGGCGCGGUAACCGACUUGCCUUGCAGGAGAAGAGCAUCACCACUAAGGCACUUUGACUAUCUUCAGUCUUCUAAAAUGGCCACGCCCGAUGAUAUUCAGGUGAAGGAGCUGGACAAACGUGCCUCAGGCCAGGCCUUCGAAGUCAUCCUGAACCCCUCCUCUCAGGAGGCCAGGGGCGACUUCCCCCUGUCCACCCCAAAGAAGAAGGACCUGUCUCUGGAGGAGAUCCAGAGGAAGCUCGAGGCCGCGGAGGAGAGGCGCAAGACCCAUGAAGCCGAGGUCCUGAAGCACUUGGCCGAUAAGCGCGAGCAUGAGAAGGAGGUUCAGGCCAAAGCCAUGGAGGAGAGCAGCAACUUCAGCAAAAUGGCCGAGGAGAAGCUCAACCAGAAGAUGGAGGCCAACAAGGAGAAUCGCACGGCGCGCAUGCAGGCCAUGAACGACAAGUUCAAGGAGAAGGAUAAAAAACUGGAAGAGGUGCGACGGAACAAAGAAAACAAAGACGAAGAGGAGGAGAACUGAACUUUCCGGAAUUGGGAAGUGCGGGGUAUAUAUGGGUUUUUUUUACAUUUCCUAAGAGGAGUUCUCUCUUUUUCUCCCUUCCAUUCCGUGGCCAGUAUUGUUUUGUUUCGGUUUUGUUCACUGCUGUCCCUGGAAGGAAAAGAAGAUCAAAUGAAUUUCCUCUUUAUUUUCCCUGUUUCUGAGUAUGCUCAAGAUGAUUUGUCUCGUGGAUUUUGCUUGUCGUGUUGCAUCAGUUUUCCUGUUUGCCGAAUUGUCAAAUUGCAACGUUUGACCUUCAGUAAUUCAGUACUUUUACCCAAGAGAAAGCAUGUCACUAUGCAUUGAUCCUUAACCUUAUCUAAUAACACAGUGCAAGUUGGUAAUAUGUUACUAGAGCUAAAUAAAGUAGCACAGGAUAUGUAUUUUGACUUCACCGUAAAUUACAGUAUGUUACAGCUAUGUUGUGAUAUAUGAUAAAUGUUCUACUCUGCUAAUUACUCUGCCAAUCCUUUUUUGCUUUUCCUUUUUGUGGGGGGUCUGCAUGUAGGGGGUGGGGGAGUUUAGGGGUUCAGUAUCAAAGCAUCUAAGCACAUGACUUGCCCAAGAAGUUACCCAGAAGGCUUCCGUGCAGAUGAGAGGAAAUGGAGAACACAUCGAAGGCAACAGCAAUACACUUUGUGGCAAAUUUGUGCGUUACUAGUUUGCUUAUCCCGUGUACUAAAAAAUGCUAAUAAAAAACUUGGGUUGUUUUUGUGAAA